GAAACAACAGGAUAGGGUACCUGAAAAACAUGAAACAUCAUCUUUUUGGUGGAAAUUAGCAUCUAAAAAUGCCAGGCGUUGUGAUGUUUAAGCGCCGAUGGGGCAUAGGAAGUGAUGACUUGGUUUUCCCUGGAAUUGGUGAAAUAAUAUUCCGAUUUUUGUGGUUAAUAGUCUUGGCAGUAGUCUACCAAAUCCAUAAGGAAUCAUUCUCUUGUGAGAAGGGACUUUACCUGCAGGUCUUCUACAUCGGUUUGAUAGUCAUUACAUGUCUCAGUAUUCUCAUUAACAAGUGGAUCGUAUACACAAGUACCAGGGGAACCAUUGCUAAUGUUGAGCCAAGAAAGUGGCUACCUAAGAUCUUGUAUCUAAAACUAGCCUUGGGAGUGUUUGUGGAAUUGGCUUGGAUUCUCCUCGGGACGUACUUCGCAUUUGGAGAUACGUCAAUGUGUGACAAUCAAGUUGUAUUGACCAUGAAGAUUGCGGUGGUGACCGAGUGGUUUGUUGCCGUGGUUGCGAUUGUAGGGAUCAUCAUCAUCUUUGAUCCUUUAGGAAAGCGGGAUCUUUCAGAGACCGAGAGGGAUUUUCAAAACGCUGCUAAGAUUUGGGAAAACAGAUGUAAGAUAAUCUGUUGUUGUGUGGCUAGAGAUGACCAUAGUAAAGGAGCCCUAACAGAAAUUGCUCAGAUGUUGUCAGAUUUCUUCUUGGGCAUUGACUUUGUCGCAACUGAUAUUGCCGCUGGUUUGAUUCUGGUGCAGCUUGACCAGGAGAGGCAAAAGAUAGAUCAAGAGCUGACAGCUGUUCUUACGCCUGAGCUUAGACUGGCUGCGACUAGCAUAAACGAAGGUGUCCAAACAGGUGUCACAGGACAAAAUGAUUGGUUGAACCUACACCGUGUUACACACUUUAUGAAGUUUGCGUUGUCAGUCUAUGGAUGGCCGAUGUACAUGUUCAGUAAUCUCUGCUGUGGACCUUGCAAAUUGUGGCCCAAUCUGAGUUGCUGUACUGGAUGCUGCGGACGUCCCCAAGCAAACGGCGUUGUCAUUGACGACAACUGUUGCCAGUGCAACAUGGCUGCCAUCAAGAAAACUCUUGGGAUCAACGACUGUGAUAUUUUACAUGCGUCCUUUCAUAAUAAGAUCUUUGAGAUUCCAUUCUUCGUAGGCAUAGAUCAUCACCAUAAAUCCAUAGUAGUAGCAAUAAGAGGAACCCUAUCUCUGAAGGAUGCAUUGACUGAUAUGACAGCUGAGAGUGAGCAUGUGGAGAUUGAGGAGCUGCCCGAUGCCCAAACUGAGGCCCACAAGGGCAUCAUGCAGGCUGCCCACUUUGUCUCCAGGAGGCUUGAUGAGUUGAAGAUUCUUGAACAAGCCUUUGAACAGUAUAAGGAUUAUCAGCUCGUUAUAACUGGACACAGCCUCGGAGCUGGGGCUGCUGCAUGUGCAUCAGUACUACUCCGACCUAAAUAUCCUAACCUAGUCUGCUAUGCAUUUUCUCCUCCUGGAGGACUGUUGAGUCCUCCAUUGGCACAGUACACUCAGUCGUUUGUGUGUUCAGUGGUGCUCGGGAAGGACUUGGUGCCUCGUCUCAGCCUCCUGGGCAUGGAGGACCUCAAAGUUAAGGUGCUACAACAGAUCAAGGACUGCCACAAACCAAAGUAUCAGAUCCUUGCAAGUGGUCUGUGGUCCAUCAUCUGCGGGAUGCCUAACGAGGCUGAUGGUAACUCACCCUGUCAGCCCUUGCUCAACGGUGCUGGAGGCUCAUCGAAACAGUAUGCUACUGGACAUGAACCUGGUGAGAGUGAUGAUGCUGAUUUAGUAGUGAAUGAAGAUCUCCCUGAUGGUGGUGAAAUGACGGGUGCAGCCCAGGCCCACCAUGUUGUUGAGUGGAUAUUGGAUGGUUUGAUUGACGAGGCGAUCUUGAGUAGUCGACACAAGAGAAGUUCGUACCCAGUGCUACACCCGCCAGGAAGGAUCAUGCAUAUCGUUGAGGAUAGUGAUCGCAAAUACAUAGUUGUCUGGAAGGAAGCCAAAGAGUUUGAUGAAAUCAUGGUCAGUCCAAAGAUGCUCACCGACCACAUGCCUGAUAGGGUUUACAGUGCUUUACAAGAUCUCUGCACAAUGGACAUUGUGCCGCAUCAUGCUCCAGAAAUGGUGUGAAAAGUGCAACUAAUUUAGUUGAAGGACUAAUAACAGCUAGUAUUAAUUGUGUGCUCUUUUUAAAAAUGUGGAUUUAGGCCCUUAGUACAAUUAUUGCAAUAAAUCAUCCCCGUGAUUAGAAUGUAAUGGCAUUAAAUGAUUACUAUGUAAAAGUGGAUUACACAAGAGUCGGCAGUUUGUGUUUAGCACAUUGUUCCCCUGCCAGCCAUUUGUCUCACUCAGUCAUAGUAUUUUGUUUAUAAUAGUGGCUAUUUGUCUUGUAUUAGUGAUAUAACACUUUAAAAUCCCCUAAGCAAUUUACAUUUGAACACAUGUGCAAUAGCCUUCAUUCAUGUCAGUAUUGAUUGAUCAUUGUAUUACCUUUGGUUUGUGCGAUUUAUGGUUUGGUUUUGUUGAUGUAAUUACCCAAGAUGCCUUGUCUCAGAUUGAUUCUCUCUCCCCUUUAAAAGGGAUAAUUACUUGCACCAUUUAGAAUAGUAACAGGGCUCAAAUUCCAUUUGGUCUUGAAUGCUUUGCUGAAAUAUGAAGUGCCUUUGAAGAUGAGUUUCAAUUGUUCCCAAUUUUCUGGUGGAAUUGUAUGUCUGAAUUUAAUGAAAAGUGCUCUUUAAAUAGUUUAGAUAGGUGUGCAUCAAUUUUGCCAGCUGCCAUGAGGCUCGUGUGACCCUAGGUUGCAGGUCGUAGUAAAAUAGUAGUAAAAGUAGUAAUACAAGUAUAGGCCUAUAUGUAUUCCUGAUUUCACUUGUCUGCCUGAAUAUCUGCACGAGGCCAAAGAUUUGGUAAUGUCAGAGUCAAAGGUAGAUAGAUCAUUACAAUCAAGUGACUGUGUAAUUCAUGGCUUGUACUUAAAGUUUAGGGAAUAUACACCUCACUAUUGGUACUGAUCGUCACACUGAACACACCAAAGGUGGCGCUAAUGUGCAGGUCAAAUCUGAGGCAGCAGCCGAGAUUUUGGGAGAAAUGACAACUCCAUUCAGUGUGUUGACCUACAGCAGGUUUGUGAACAAACUUUUAUAUUUUCUAGUCUUUUUGUCUUCCGCAAAAGCCUAUCAGCAUGCUUUGUAAAGAAAUAUUAAAAAAUUUGUUAAAGAAACAGAAAAAA